AAAGGCAACAAGCCAACAUGCUAAAUACCAAUCUCGUUGUGCCCGUGGUACUUUGGGGGCCGAACACACCAACACACUGCGUGUCGAGUGUGUUUCUGUCACGGGACCAGAAAAUCCUUGCGACUGGUUGCUACGAUGGGCAAAUUUGUUUAUGGCAAGUGGACCCGGAGACGCUCCAAAUGACCCCACGAUGUCUUUUGGUAGGCCAUACGGCACCGGUUCUGUGCCUCACGAGAGCGUCCAUUAUUCAGGACAACAACUUCCUGGUUAGCUCGUCAGAAAACGGAGAGAUGUGCACGUGGGAUUUGGUGGACGGAAAGUGCACGGAAAGCAUCAAGAUGCCACAGGUGCACACCAACAUUCAGGCGUACCACAUGGCCAACUGUGAUGAUAUUCGGCUCUUUUGCAAUGGCUACUACGCGGAAAUCAUGGUAAUGGAUCCGUUCAGUCUGGAGGUACUAUUUUGUUUGAGUUCUAAGGUGAAUCCGGAUUGGAUUUCUGCUCUGCACGUGCUACGACCUUCCAAGCGGAAGGACGACGUUGUGUUGGCAAUUACCACCACCGGUACAGUGAAGGUGUGGACACUGCUCGGCAACGAAAACAAGUACUCGGAACCAAUUUACGAGAAUGAAUCCAAGCAGAUACGCUGCCUGAAUGCGAUAACAAUGAACUGCUGCUCGCAGAACCAGCGCACGGUGUUGAUUGUGUGUGCGAAGUAUUGGCAGAUAUACGACGCUGGAGAUUUUACCGUACUGUGCAGUGUGAUUUCACCGUCGGGCGAACGGUGGAUGGGUGGUGAUUUCCUGUCAAACGAUCGUGUCAUUCUGUGGUCGGAUGAAGGUAAAGGAUAUUUGUUCCGUCUGCCAGCGAACAGUAUCCCUGACAAUAAAGAUUUCCACGGUCCGUCCGUUGGUAAGGAUUCACCCUUUCUGUACUGCAUUUUGUCGCAAACGGGCGAAAAACCACUGUCCUGUCCUCCGACCAUGAAGCUAGUCACGUCGAAUCGGAGUGGCAAAACGCAAAAGUAUCUGCUGCGCGGUGAUUCGGAAGGAUACGUUAAUAUCUGGGCUGUGCCCGAUAUUUCGAUGGAGCAAAUUAAACACAUUCAAGCGCAAAAGCAACAUCCUGCAUCGUUGGAAUCUACUAUCUGUACGUCGUUGCUUGAAGCGUGGAAUAAGAUGAAUCCACUACCGGUGGGAAUAUUGGACCAGUUGUACCAAAAUAGUGAGCCACUGAUCAAGCUUACCGCUAGCAUUUACCUGCCGCAACAAAGCCGUCUAGUGGUGGGUAGAGAGGACGGCAGCAUCAUUAUUGUGCCGGCUACCCAGACAGUAAUGUUGCAUCUGCUGCACGGGAAUCACCAGCAGUUUAGUGAUUGGCCACCGCAUCAAAUCCUGAAUGGCCACAGUGGAAGGGUGAAUUGCUUACUCUGUCCUUCGUUGGCACAUUCGCGAUACGAUAAAUCGCAUCUCGUAUCCGGUGGUGUGGAUUUUGCCGUCUGUCUGUGGGAUCUUUACAGUGGAUCACUGAUUCACAGAUUUUGUGUACACGCGGGAGAAAUUACUCAACUGUUGGUACCACCACCAACGUGCAGUCCUCGCAUCCUCAAGUGCAUCUGUUCGGUGGCAUCGGACCAUUCGGUAACGCUGCUUAGUUUGCAGGAGCGCAAAUGUGUAACGCUUGCGAGUCGCCAUCUGUUCCCCGUAAUUUCCAUCAAAUGGCGCCCACUGGAUGAUUUCCUUAUCGUUGGCUGUUCCGACGGUACGGUGUAUGUGUGGCAGAUGGAAACGGGACAUCUAGAUCGGGUGCUGCACGGCAUUCUAGCGGAAGAGGUUCUGAAUGCGUGUGAUGAGAAUAGUGGCGAAACUGGAAGCAGCACUGGGUCAACUUCCGAAAUGGGACUUGCCAACCCUGCCGUUCAUUUCUUCCGUGGUUUGAGACAUCGUAACAUUAACGCGAUACGUCAUGCAACCCAACGCGGCAUUCAUCAGCUUCAGCAACUUCAUGCACACAACAAUCAGCAUGGUGACUUUUUAAUGAAGAACCGUAGCAGCCCCUUGAUUAUACAAGGCCUUCGCACUAACCCAAAGGACGCGGAGAGCCACAUUCUGUUCUUCGACAUCGAGGGAUUAAUAUUUGAACUGCACGCGGAAGAGUACGCCGCUAUGAGUCCCAACACUUUAGAGGCUGAAGGAUUAUUAAUCCCUACGGGUACUGAUAACCAUGCUUCGGAUGCAGGAAAGAAAAUAUCAGAUUUCUUUGGGCGUGUUAAAAAUAAGGCUGGCGACAUGGAGAAAAUACUGAAAGAGAAAGAUAAACAUGGAAUCCUUGCCAAAAUGAAGGAAGGCGCAGAGAAUGUUCACACGAAGGUGCAAGCAAAGCUGGAUAGCGUUGUGAAAAACGUCGGAGAAACCGGUAAGGAUUCCUCGGACAUUACGAAGAAAAUUGCACCCCGCAUGGAAGCUACCCACGUGAUGGAGGUAGCACAGUUGCUGCUGUCGUUAAUCCACUCCUGGGGACUCGAUCCCCAUUUGGACAAAGUUUGUGAAACGCAGCUCGGUCUGUUGCGUCCCAUGAUUCCCGUGUCGUUCGGAGUGCUUUCCAAGGGUGGCUAUAUGUCGUUGCUGUUGCCGACCUGGCAAAACAAUAUCGUUAUCAACUCGACGCCCGACGAGCUAAAGACGGUUGCGCUGACGCCGGAACAGUUCCGGCGGGAGGGGUUGACGAAGUUGUUUACCGCCCGGCUGCACUGGGAACUCAGCACGACGCUUACCUCGAACCAUCUGCUAGCGAUGGUAGCCAUGUCGAACACGCUGAUGUCGAUGAAUAUGGCCACGUUCAUACCGGAGCAGGAGCGUGCCCGGAAGCUGCACCGUCAGUCAACGCGCGCCACCUGGAGCAAUGAGGAGGAGCAGGAGGAAGCGUUCACCCAACAGCAGGCCCAGAUAAAGCAGGGCUGGAGUUUGCUGUCCACGCAUCAUUGUUUCCUGCUGCCGGAGAAGAUCGAUGCGCUGGAUGCGAACAACUUCAAGCGUCCGCAGGUGGAGAUGAUGGCACGAAGGUGGCAGCAUCACUGUUUGGAAAUCCGGGAAGCAGCGCAACAGCUGCUACUCGGCGAGUUGGGUCGAAUGGGGAAAAAGGGCCGCAAACAGCUCGUUGAAAGCUGGGCCCAAUAUCUGCCCAUGUACACGCACACCGAACCGAUCGUGCAGCAGGCACCUAAUACGGGCCAAUCGAACGCAGGUUCUCCCACAUCAAGCCCUACCGGUCAGCCCGGCCUGGAGCACGAAGAAGAAUCGGAAGAGGAGGAAGAAGUGGUGCGGAAACCGUCCAGCCUAGCCGAACUGAAGCGCAAACAAACGACCGCGGUCGUGCUGCUCGGUGUGAUCGGAGCCGAAUUCGGUCAGGAUAUUUCCGCCACCGACGGUAAGCGCAACAAUGAAAACCGUCGCAAAAGUUCCGUCGUCGAGGGUUUCGGUAUUGGCAACAAUAAUCUAGCCCGUUCCACCUCGAUGGCGCUGACGCAUCUGCUGCUCGCGCCGGCAACACAAAAGCUGCCCGCUUACACACCAUUGCGCCGGGCGGCAAUUGAUUUGAUCGGGCGAGGUUUCACCGUCUGGGAGCCGUACAUCGACGUCAGCAAGGUGCUGCUCGGGCUACUCGAGAUGUGUUGCGAUUCGAACCGGUUAAUACCGAGCCUGAACUAUAAGCUGCCGCUGACACCGCAGGCGGACGCCUGCCGGACCGCGCGGCAUGCGCUGCGCCUGAUUGCGACCGCACGGCCGGCCGCCUUCAUCACGACGAUGGCGCGCGAAGUAGCGCGCUACAACACGAUGCAGCAGAAUGCGCAAGCGAUAAGCGUUCCCAUUACGCAGUCGGUGCUUCAUCGGGCGAAGCGGGAGAUACUGCAGUGUGUCGAAAUGCUCAUCGAUAAGAUGCAGACGGAGAUCGCUAAUCUGCUAGUGGAGGUUAUGGAUAUAACGCUACACUGCGUUGACUCUGGAGAUCUUAAAAACAAAGGAUUGGCCGAGGUUAGUCCGCUGAUGUGCAAAUUCAAUCAAGUUUCACACUGUAGCGCCUCGCGCCGUAUUGCCGUCGGCGCGAGCAACGGUCACUUAGCGAUCUACGAGCUGCGGCAAAACAAAUGCCAGAUGAUACCGGCCCACACGAAACCGGUCACCGCGCUCGCGUUCAGCCCGGACGGUAAAUUUCUGGUCAGCUAUUCCUGCACCGAAAAUCGGCUCUCCUUCUGGCAAACGAGUGCUGGUAUGUUUGGGCUCGGACAGUCGCAAACCCGCUGCAUCAAGGGUUACUCAACCGCUCCGAUACCGGACAUUGGACGGCUCAACCCGAUGCGGCUGGCGAAGCUGAUCUGGAUCAACAACCGUACCGUGACGCUGAUGCUGGCCGAUGGUUCCGAGACGCGGUUCAACGUGUAAAGCGGAAAGAGUUCUGGUCGCCCAUCAUUGUAGCUCAUCAUUCGUCCCAUCUCUUAACACAGUUUUGCUUCGGUUGGUUAAAUCGUUACUGCGUGCACUUAAACGUUGGGAUAUUAUUUUACUCAUUUCCAUUUGCCAAUCAGAUUGUGUAUAUUUUGCUUGUGGCAUAUUUGUUGAGUUGUUGGUAAGAUGCUCCCUCGCCUAAUGAUAAGUUGUAUCAGUUGGAAUUGCUAUCAAUCUUGACGAGCAAACAGUAUUACAUCGUCAGUGGGCAAACCGCAAGAUAUCUAAGGUCAUCGGCUCCAGAAGAAGCAGAUGGCUACAAUAAUAUGCUUCGUCAUCCUUCACUGGAAAAGACGUAGUUGCAGUGAAGUAAGGUCAACCAUGAGAAAUAGCAACAUGUCGUGCGUCGUGAAAGGUGUCCCGGUUCGAGACGCCCGAUGAAUUGGAUGAUACCCUCCUUCGGGAGUUGCAUUAACUAAAUGGGUUCAGAAUUUGGCAGCGGGAAACUGUUUCCCUUGUCAUUUCGACUCCCCACCCUUUUCUGUACCAUCUAAUCUCCCCCCCUUAGUGAUGGAGGCCGGUUCUGUUAUCUUUUUCUUUUUUUGCGCAAAGCAUGAUCGGUCAAGCUUGGAAUUGGUGAAUGGCAAACUACGGAUGAGAACUCUCCACUGAUUCCAAUUAUGACGCGAUAAACUUAUAUAAUUAUGCAAAUUAGCACUGGACAGCGACGGCAAUGGGGGUAGCAGGGACGGAUUUUAAUCUUCCGAUUUGGGGGAUAACCGAACCGUAGCGGUCGAAUGUUGCUUCGGGAUGGUUUUCUGUGUGUCGAUCUUGAUCUUCUUCUCUAGCUGACCUAGAUUAUUUGAAAGAAUCGUUCGAAACAGCCGAACCGAUGUUUCCUGUUUGCUGCCCGUGAUGAUCCCUGAAGCGACUGGGAUCCGCAAGAUUCUGUCGUCCGUUGAUCCGGCUGAGAAUCGGGUGCCCCCUACUCUGAGGGUGACCGGUGACCUAAAUCAUGCCAUGCCAUCGAGGGACGGAUGCUUGCUUUUUGUUUUCCUUCUGGUCUUGUCUUGUCUGUGGCCAAUCUUUUGCGCUUCCUCCCUAUUUUGCGCAUUCAGAUUGGAAAGAAGGGAAGAAAAAAGCAGCGACGCAAAGUAUUAAUGGCAGUGACCUCUGGCGGGCGGAUAUGUUUAUUAUACUUAAGAAAAGACUGGCUGACGGCGCUAUCUUACUGUUUCGUUUGCUUCAUGUUGUUUAGUAGUAGCAAUGGUAGUGAUAGUGGUACUAGUUACUGUUUUCCGUUAAUCUUACGCAAGAUGUAGUUAAUAUCGCAAAUUUAUUAAAUGCUAAAUAAAAAAAAAACACACCAACAAACUACUAACUUAAUCGAAUGUUAUACCCUCUUCCCCAAGAAGUGUUGCGAUUCUGAUUCCUACACGGU